AUGCAGCCUGUGGUGGGGCCCUCCAACCCGUCUAGCACCCAACCGCCAAAGUCGCCCUCGGCGCCAGGAAAUCCACACAUUACCCGAAAACGUGUGAUUUAUAGCUGUCAAACAUGUCGUCGGCGCAAAGUCAAAUGCGACAAGACACUCCCAGUAUGCGGAAACUGCGCGAAAAAUGGUACCGAAUGCGCCUACGAUCCGGAAAUCCAGAAAGAUGGGAUGCGGCCCAAACGUACUCGCCGAAUGAGAGCCAAACGGCAGAGAGAUAUUCCACAGUCGGAGGAAAAUACAGAUGAACCCCUGCCGAUCUAUGACCGAGCGAGGCAGGGAUCAUUAUUAAAAGGCCAAAAAACAGAUUUAAGCGCAGUUGAAGCCCAUUUGGCUCAACUAGUAUCGCUCGUUGAGCGACUACGGAAGGAUAACCAGGCGAAUGAAUCGACAGAGAUGCAAGCGGCUGCAUUAAAUACUGGCGUCCAAACGGCGCCGAUGGAGGACGGCGGUUUGGGGAGCAAAUCGAUCGUCGCGCAACCGCCCAGUCCAUUCAGCGCUGCUGCUGACUGUAGCAGCGAUGACUUCCCCAUCCCAAAUGGCCAGACUACGGAUCUGGUUGAUCCACUGGGAACUUCAAACUUGGGCCACAUGUCUUUGGGGGAUGGCGGGAGGUCAAGAUAUGUCGGGACGACGUAUUGGGCUUAUAUUUCCCAUGAAAUGGAGGAGCUCAAUCAAUUGCUCGGAAACCAGAAUCAGCCGCAUGAUAUAGCAACCUGUAGUAAUACCCCAACCGAUUCCGUUUCUAGCAAGCAAAGACAGCGGAAAGGAUCGAUGAGCAGCCGAACUACGAGCCGAACCACGCGCUCUCCCUUUCCUGUCGGCUUCUCAGAACCCAUUCAGAAAGCCGUUUGCAUCCCAUCGGCCUAUUUAUCACCAAAUGAUAAAUCGGUCGAGCCAUAUAUGCUUGAGCAUGUUCCGACAAAAUGGCAGAGUGAUAUCCUCUACAAGGGAUUCAUGUCUGGUGUCCACUCACUGAGCCCUAUUGUUCACCCUCCAACGAUCCUAAGACGUUACAAAGCCUUUUGGGACUGGUACGACGGCAAAAGCUAUACGGGGGAGCCAUGCCCUAGUUCUUCUUUUAUUCCACUCCUAUACGCGAUAUGGUUUGGAGGCUCAGUCACAAUUUCUAUGAGAACGAUGGAGACGGAGUUCAAUACUUCGUCACGCGCUGUCCUCUCGACAAAGUAUAGCGAGGAGGUCACCUGUUGGUUGGCCAAGAUCUCGUUUCCCCACAGCGUUACACUUCAUGGUCUGGCGGCCUAUCUUGUUGCGCAGACAAUUUUGUCAAGAGAGGAAGAACCUUUGGCAAGUAGUUUGUUUGUUAGCUUAGCAGUGAGAGUGGCACAGACCUUGGGAUUACAUCGGGAUCCCGCCCAUUUUAAUAUCGACCCAUGGGAGGCAGAGUUCCGACGCCGAGUGUGGUGGCAUAUCAUGCAUAUGGAUGCCGUUAUUGCGAUGUCGAGUGGGCUUCCGCCAUUGCUUACUGAUACGACUUACUGGGACGUUCGCGAGACCAGCGAGGUCAAGGAUACCUUAUUAGGUACUGCCGAAGCCAAAAGAUAUGAACAACAGGUUGCCGACGGCCAACGGCCACCUGAUAACCCAGACAAUCCGACUGUCUGUGGUGGGCCGUCGAUGGUGAAUGUGUAUUAUCUGAACGCAAAGGCAAAAUGCAUAAUGGCCCAGUCUGUUCGUAAAGUACUAAAGAUUCAGCUGGGUACGAAGCCUCUAACAAGAGGGGAUAUGCUGGAGCUCCGCUCUGUCCUUCACGAUCUUCAAGUCAAACUCAACUCCAUCAUAAACCGAAUUCCAGAGACAACGGCAACCGAAAGAACAAUAGUAUCUCCAAAACGAGUUUCUCAUUCUACCGAGGCGGAACUUCCUAUUGAAGGUCCAUCUGGCUGCCCGGAGCAAUAUCAUUCAGCAGUCCUCGUCGCAUUUCAUAAAUGGACCAAGAUCAUUUUGUCAUUGUUCAUUGAUAAGGUCGGUAUUUUAAUGCAAAAAUUCCGUGCGGCGCUAACAUGGGAUGUAGGCAUUUUGUGUUGCGUAUCAACCAUUCCUCAGGAAUCCUCGAAGUCGAAUCUGGCCAGUAGCACGACAAAGGUAAGUGUCGCGACUCAUUGGGCUACUGGAUCUAAUUCAAGUAGUGCGCUACGCCAUUGCUACGCAUUCAUGGAGAAGUUUAUUCGACUGGCAACGGAUCCUGACUUUCAGCCGUUCCAGUGGGGCUGGCCUGGGAUUAUUCUUAUCGACUUGUACGAACGACCAUAUAGCCCCGAAGCCUCCGUGUCACGCGGAUUUGUCGAUCAAAUUAUGUCGCUCUGUGGACCAGACGGAGGUGUCGUAAGUGGUGGAGAUGACAUCUUCACACAACGCCCGUUGAGGAAUGGAGGCCGCGAGGCCUGGGGCAUGAUCCGUCGUCUGCGCCAACAGGCCUGGCAGAAAGCCGGUCUGAACCCAGAAUUGCCCUGGACGGGGCAAGAUCGGUCAACCAAUUUCGCAAACGCACCUUACUUCAAAUCAAUGUCAUCCGCAAAUAUCCCCCUAUCGUCAGGCGACAGAGCAUUUGCUCCCGACUCAGCCUUUGGUCGUUCCUCCGCCGCUACUAUGUCGAGUCAACAAUCCCUCGUUAACUCUCCUAUGGUGAACUUCUUGGACACCGCCGGACCGAACGCAAUGCCUGCUUCUGAGCCUGCCCCCUUCAUGAUCGAUCCAGGGCUCAAUUUCGACUGGGGUGAAUGGGAUAAUAUCUUUGGGCAAUCUUUACCCGUCGCGGAUGAGCUUAUGGAACUCGAUCAAGUCACGGGGCUUGCAUUUGCGGACUUGGAAAAUAGUGCCCCGUCCGAGCAUAAGACGGAGACAAUAUAA